UCAGCUGCCAAUCAGCCAAUUCAGUGUAAAUUCGGCACAAUCAAAACUAAUGGAAGUGUAUUUUAUUUAAAUAAAUAAACAAAUUCUAUAUCUUUAUAUUCAAUCAAUCAAAAAAAAAAAAAUUUGUUUUUAAUCAUCAGUCAAAAUGAAUGAACUUGUGUGGGGAAUAAAGAACGGUGACCUGGAUCAGGUUCGAGACAUUGUAGAGAAUAAGGAUAUGGAUGUUAAUAAAUUAAUUAAUGGAAGGACGUUAUUGCACUAUGCAGCGGAUUAUGGUCAAAGUGAUGUUCUCGGUUACCUUUUAGAAAAGGGUGCUGACGCUAAUGCGAGAGAUAAACACGGUAUCACGACACUUUUGGCUGCAAUAUGGGAAGGACACACAAAUUGUGUGAAAUUAUUAUUGGAGAAAGGGGCACGACCAAAUGGUGUAACACCUGAUGGUACGAGCUAUUUGGAUGCAGCCGAGAAAGAAGAAAUUAAAGAGCUCUUGGAGCAAUACAAAACCAAAACACUUUAAAAAAAAGAAAAAUUUAACAAUUUUGUUACAUAUUUAAAAAAAAAAUAA